CUCUGCCCAACUAAGUGGAAGAUAACUGUUUUGGAAUGUGCAAGCUAAGUGCAAACAAUGGAGACUCAAGGUGUUCAGCUUCUGCUGGUUUUGCUGUGUGUUGUGUCCACAUGCUGGGGACAGCAAGUCUACCUGACUCUGGGAUCUGGUCCUAGCAUCACUACUGACAAUACUGAGAUCCCCAUCAAUACCAUUGGAGAGGAUGCUACUAGUGGUCUCCCUUCUCUCACCUGUCACACUGACCUCACUACCUGCUGUAGAAGUAGUGACAACAAUGAUAAUGGAGCACUAGGACAGUGGACGUAUCCUGAUGGGAGUGUGGUACUGCAAAAAGGUGGCUCAGCGACUGCUGGACAACAGUUCUACAUUAACAGGAAUGGUCCUCAGAUCAUCAGACUAAACCGUAGAGAGGCUAACAACCCCAUCACUCCAACUGGGUCCUACUGUUGUACUGUACUAACUACUGGAGGAGAUAUGACCCUCUGUGCUAACCUGGUGGCGCCAUUGGUGUCAUCGACGUGUCUGUCCCUCCCUCCCCCCACCAAUGGAGGGAUCUCUUACUCUGACCAAUCACGUAGUGAUGGCACUGUGGCCACCUACACCUGUAACACUGGCUACACUCUCAAUGGAGACAGCACCAGGGCUUGUGGGAGUGGAGUGUGGAGUGGAUCAGCUCCAAUUUGUCAAACUAACUGCCCUGACUUACCCUUACUGAUCAAUGGGAUGAUUAUGUACAGUGAUGGAUCUACUAACAACAGACCUUUCCUCUCUAGUGCUGUGCACUCCUGUAACCCUGGCUACACUCUCACUGGAGGGGACACUACCAGGGUCUGUGUGAGUGGAGGGAACUGGUUUGGGUCACCUCCAACUUGCCAGCAGCGAGCUUGUUUUGAUUUACCACCACUAAUGAAUGGAGGCAUUACCUACACUGAUGGACUUGCUGACAGUAGACCUAUUAAUACCAUUGCUACCUUCACUUGUGACAAUGGCUACACUCUCACUGGAGGGAGUUUCAGAGCUUGUCAGAAUGAUGGGACCUGGAGUGAAACAGCUCCAACCUGUCAAGUGAACACAGGACCCACUAAACCACCCACUACCUGUCCUGACCUGAUUGCUCCGACCAAUGGAAUGAUCGGCUACAAUAUGGGGAUUGCUAGUCUGAGACCAGUGAACACUGUGGCCACCUUCACCUGUGACAAUGGCUACACUCUCAAUGGAGGCAGCACCAGGACUUGUGGGAGUGAUGGAGUGUGGAGUGGGUCAGCUCCAACUUGUCAAAUUUCUUGUGGCCCCCCUCCUUCUAUUACCAACGGAUCUCCUGGACAACCAACCAGCACAAUGAUUGGAGGAGAGGCGACCUACACUUGUGACACGGGAUACCUUCUGAUUGGCUCUGAAACCAUCACAUGCUUGAGUACUGGAAACUGGAGCAGCUCACCAUCUUGUCAGACCCCUCCCCCUGUGUACUUGUCCCUCUCCUCAACCAACUACUUGUCUGGACUCUCUGAGAUCUCCCUGUCCUCCGUGGGAGAGGGGAGUGGCCUCGUCUGUCAUACUGACCUUGCUGGCUGCUGUGAGGGGAACACUGGAAAUUGGUACUAUCCUAACGGCUCUGUUGUUAUGGAGGAUGGAGCGUUGUAUGUUAGUAGAGGUCAGAUGAGUGUCAGUCUGAUGAUGAGUGGAACAGCUACUGCUCCUGGUGGUGUCUACUGCUGUGUGGUGCCUACCAGUGGAGGGAUAGACACAGCAUGUAUUGUGUUAGCCUCUACUGAUGAGAGCUCUCCCUGUCCCCAGAGUGACAACACUGGUGCUGUUGUGGGAGGAGUGGUGGCCCUGGUAGCAGUGGUGACUAUAGUAACUGGUGUAGUGAUGGUGACCUACCUAGUGCUCCGGUACAAGAGAAGAGGGAAAAUGAUUGUUCCUCAAGAUAUCGCCCUUACUGACCAGGGUCAAAGUGCAGCCGCUACCUACGAGACUGUCCCUGCCAUUUAUGAUGAAAUCCCAGCCUCCAAAAAUGUCAAAGGUGACUACAUCUUCUCACAAAACAAUGCCUACUCGACUGUGAGUGGGCGACUGUGAGUGGGCGUGAGGUUCCAGCUGCUGGAGUAAUUAUACGACAACUGAACUGAUCUAUCACAUAUUUAUGACUUUUGUGUUUCAUGUUUACUUAGUGUUUAGUUGAUGCAGAUGUUGCAGAUGUGAAAUAAUUUUGCUACUUUGUGUACUUUGUCUC